AGAAGCUAUAGCUUGCUCGGUUCAGCUUAGACACAGCGCUCGCCUUGAGCUGCCAUUCAUGGCCGUCGGUUUCGUGGACGACGAGUGGCCGCGGCCGCGCGGCGGGAGGGUUACGGCGUUCGUGGUGCUGUCCUGCUUCACGGCGGCCAUGGGCGGCGCCAUCUACGGCUACGACAUCGGCACCGCGGGCGGCGUGUCGUCUAUGGAGCCGUUCCUGAGGGAGUUCUUCCCGGACGUGCUCCGGCGGAUGGCGGGCGGCGGCGGCGCCCGCCGCGUCAGCAACUACUGCAAGUUCGACAGCCAGCUGCUCACGCUCUUCACCUCGUCGCUGUACAUCUCCGGCCUGCUCACCGCCGUGCUCCUCGCGUCGUGGGUCACAGCCAGCCGCGGCCGCCGCACGUCCAUGAUCCUCGGCGGCGUCGCGUACAUCGCCGGUGCUGCCGUCAGCGGCGCGGCCGUGAACGUAUCCAUGGCUAUACUUGGCAGGGCUCUGCUCGGCGUCGGGCUCGGUUUCACCACCCAGUCUGUGCCGCUCUACAUGGCUGAAAUGGCGCCGGCGCGUUACAGGGGAGCAUUCAGCAACGGCAUCCAGUUCAGCCUGUGCCUCGGAGCUCUCGCCGCCACGACCGUGAACUUCGCCGUAGAGAAAAUCAGGGGAGGCUGGGGCUGGAGGCUCUCGCUGUCGUUGGCCGGCGUGCCCGCCGUGUUGCUCACCGUCGGCGCCAUCUUUCUGCCGGAGACGCCGAACAGCCUCGUCCAACAAGGCGAGGACCGCGACAAGGUGAAGGCGUUGCUCCAGAAGAUCAGGGGCGUCGACGCCGUCGACAACGAGCUUGACGAGAUCGUCGCCGCGAACGCCGCCGCGCAGGGCGAGAAUGGCAUGUGGCUGAUCUUGUCGCAGCGCCGGUACCGGCCGCAGCUGGCCAUGGCCGUCCUGAUACCGGCGUUCACGCAGCUCACGGGCAUCAACGUGAUCGGGUUCUACGCGCCGGUGCUGCUGCGUACGAUCGGCAUGGGCGAGAGCGCGUCGCUGAUGUCCACGGUGAUCCUGGUGAUCGUCUCGUCGGCGUCGACUCUCAUAUCCAUGUUCCUCGUCGACAGCUUCGGCAGGCGGACGCUCCUCCUUGUCGGCGGCUUCCAGAUGCUCGUCUCGGAGGUGCUCAUCGGCGGCGUCAUGGCGGCGAAGCUGCGCGACGAAGGCGGGCUCAGCAGGACGUACGCGCUCCUGCUCAUCUUCGUCAUCAACGUCUACUCGGCGGGCUUCAGCUUGUCAUGGGGGCCGUUGAGCUGGCUGGUGCCGAGCGAGAUCUUCCCACUGGAGAUCCGGUCGGCCGGGCAGAGCGUCGCGGUGGCGUCGUGCUUCGUGUUCACCGUCAUCGUCGCGCAGUGCUUCCUCGCCAUGCUGUGCCGGAUGAAGGCGUGUAUCUUCUUCUUCUUCGCCGGGUGGAUCGCCGCGAUGACGGCUUUCGUCUACCUCUUCUUGCCGGAGACGAAGGGGAUGCCGAUCGAGCAGGUCGGGAGAGUGUGGGAGGAGCACUGGUUCUGGAGGUGGAUACUUGGGACUGGAGAAAUCCAUCCAGGUUCCAAGCUGCCAAAAGAGCUUUCACAGUAAAAAUUGAAUAAUUAAUCUCCGUAUCUAAAAUCAAGAACAAUAAGUGAUGUAUAAUCAAACUCAGAAAAUUGACAUGUUAUAUUUAUGUUUACAUGGAGGAGAGAGAAGAAAAACAGUCUAUAUAUUACAACAGACUUCAAAAGAAUAUACGUGUAAGAGAUAUGAAUUAUACAUUGAUGAUUUGAUGAUGUAAUAUAUAUUUAUAUGUAAC